AUGUCUAAUGGAACUGCAAAGGAUCGUUUUUGGGCAAAAAAUAAUUUUUAUCUACGUAAUCUUGGAACAUCUCACAACUCUAUUAUUCAGCUCAUGGAAAUAAAAAAUGCAAAAGAAAGAACAGACCACGUCAUUUGCCCAUUUCAGAAUCUUUACAAUGUUCUUGAUAAGAUGCAUGAUCAUUCGUGGAGUUGUAUGUUGCACGGUGUACACAAUGUUGCACACGAGGCUUCAAAAGUUUCUGCAUUCUUAUUUUUAGUUUUUACUGUUUUUGGAUCUCCUUGUAUUUUGCAAAGCGAUAAUGGGCGUGAAUUUACAGCUCAGGUUAUUUAUGAACUUGUUAGUUUAUGGAAAGGAGAAGACUUACUAGAAAACAUUGUUGAAAAUGAGAGUGAUAUUGAAGAUGUUGAUAGCAGUGAUGAUAUUAAUAACUCUGUAUUUCCAGAGAUAAUAGAUAUAGAUGAUAAAGGUAUUUUGUGUGAUAGUGAUAUUAAUUUUAUGAAUAAUGAUGGGCAAAAUUUAGUUCUUCAGCGAGGUAGUUGUGGUCCUGUACAUUUGAAUACGGAUAAUUUGUCUGAUCCUGAAAGUGAAGUAAGAAAUGUAAACAAAGAGGCUGUGAAUAGAAAUCUUGAAGAUUAUCAUUUCAAAAUGGAGCAUCAAAUGUGUACCAAAUACAACAUUCAUGAGCGUAGUUAUAAAGUUGGUGAUCUUGUUAAAGUACAAAUCGCUAAGAUCGACCGUGGACCUGGUGAUCGUUGUGCACUACCAUGUAAAGUGUUUUCUGUACUUCCCAAUGAUGUAUAUCGCCUUGUAUGCCGAUUUGGUGUUCUUGAAAGUACAUUUCUAGCCAGUGAAGUUUUACUCCUCGGACCAAGAGAAUUUUCAGAGCUUGAUGAUUCUCCAACCAAUACGACUGUUAGUAUAAUCGAAGCUGCAAGAUUACAAUCCAAUGCUAUUGCCGGCAAUAAAACAUGUAAUUGCAGAGGUGACUGUCUUACAACCAGAUGUUCUUGCAGAAAGGUGAAUAUUUUAUAUGGGAGUGGGUGCCAUCCAAAAAGUUUGAAAUGCAAGCACAAGGCUUGA